UCGGUUAUUAUAACUUUUCAAUUUUAUUCUUUUGCGCAAUAUUUGUAGUAUUAAAAGCGAAAAUUAACCAACGUUUAGUCGAUCCUCUAACCUGGGCCUUGAUCGGUGCAAUUAACUUUCAAAAUCUGUGCUAACGCACAUUACGAUAAUCUAGUUGUGGUCUGGGUGUUUUAUUACAUAAAAGCCCAUAGAAGGCAGAGCUUAACACGACAUGGACGGACAGAAUUGCCAAGUAAUUAAAGGAGCCUAGGAGGUGACAAAUCUCGUCCUCAGACUUCUCCCAAAUCUAGCAAAUAAACUUCCUGUUAUUGACUUGUUCAUCGUCAUAAAAUACUGGCCCGCAUUCGCAACUUGUAAAGUUUUUGUAGCGGAACAGACAACAUACUCUACGCAUUUUCUGACUGCGAAUCAUUAUGAAUUGGUAUUGGAUAUUGACAGCGAUUUGCUUUAGUGUAGUCACUAUAAGUAGCGCAAAGCCGAAGCAGCGACGUAUUCCGGUUUCAAGCGGCUACGAUCCAGGCCCUUGUAACGACACAAGUCAUGGAAGCUUAGUUUUGGUCAAAGAUAGAGAUGACGAUGAAGUUAUUCUUGUUUGCACCAAGAAUAAGGAUGGUUACCGGUGGAAGUCAACAGAUGGAUUAAAGAGCACAGUUGGUGAAUUCUUCAACCCGGGUUACGAUUGUUCAGACAUUAUGAACAAACGUGAAAAUGCAGGAGAUGGCUUUUAUUGGAUUACUUUAAAAAGUCCAAAUAACUACCAGGUGUGGUGCGACAUGAGUACGGACGGGGGAGGCUUCAUAUUAGUUGGACGGCAAAACGAUUCAGUAACAUGGUCGGUCGCAUCCAAUGGAAAUCCUGUUGCGCCAUACGGAGAACCCCAUUGGUUGAGCUCGCUUGGAGAUGCACCAAUCAUGGACUUUCGAGUACAAAUGGCAACAAGCGAAGAUUUAAAGUCAACAAAGGCACAUUGGUCACUUAGAUUGAAUUCCAAACGUCCGUUGAAGAACCUGAUGACAACAAGUGAUGGUUGCGACCAAAGAUCAGCUGGGAUUGGAAAUAUUGCUUAUGUCAAAGACUUGCUGACAGAAAAAAUCGUCACUACAAAGCUAAGAUGCUCCAAAUUCGGUUUCGCUCAUCAUAUCCUGCUAAAGUUUGGAUGGGCUAUGAUGAACUCAUGUUUGCAAAAACCAUGUCCCUUUGGCUUCGCCUAUCAUCCUCUUGUAAGGAGUGCCCAAACGGAUACCUAUGGGGCUUUCAGUUUUAGCAAAACUGAAGUGAUAUCAGGCAUGGAGAAAAACGCCACGGCCUUUGUCGGCUGUGACAACGGACAUUGUUGUGGAUGUUUCGGUCCAGUGGGUGGAACAAAAAAUUACUGCGCACAGAACUGUAAACCAAUCAAUGGAGGUACUGUUUCAAAGAACGUGUUUUCAUGGUUCUGGAUCAGAACCAGUCUUCCCAAAAAAAUCUGGAAAAAAUGUAUGGAUUAUCAAGUGACAAGAGCUGAUGGAAAAUCGAUUUCGUAUAAGUUGCUUGGACACAGUGUUAUCCCGGUUGAGGGGCGUUGUGACAAGGCCUUUCCUCUUCUACACGACGGAAUUGUAGUCGUGCCCGACUCUGCAGUCGCACAAAAGGUCCCUGCUGUCGAUGGCCUAUUGGAAUACCGCAAAGACAAGCAAGAACUUUAUGUAAGAUCGAAGAACGAAUGGAGCUUGCUUGCUAAGGAGGCGGAGGUCAGCAGAAAAAUUAGCACAUUGGAAAAUAUGAUUAAACAGAUCAACGAGAGCCUCCCAUUUAUUCAUUACCCGGAGUGCUCUGCAUACACAUGGCUGACAGAAAACAGCAGGAACAGAAAUCAUCUCACAACUGCGCCCAAUUACGGCUCUCUUAAGUGCGACAAUACUCUUUCCACUGGAUGGCACAGGUUUGGAGGAGGUGCUGGCGUAAAAAUGCCAACAACAUGUGUUGGUGAACAUAGAUGCUUAGGCGAUUUUGCCGGUUGGAUGAGAGGCGAUCAUCCAACAAUAUCUGAUGGAAAAGUCACGCGUAGUGUCUGUUUUAGCCAUGGUUCCAAUUGCUGUGUCUGGUCAGAUGAUAUCGAAGUGCUCAACUGUGGAGGUUAUUUUGUUUACAAACUUUCCCCCCCGUCUCGAUGUAGAGCGAGGUAUUGCGGUACUUUUUGACUAAGAGACAGCGGUUUAACGUGGGAAAUGCAAUUCCUGUUUCACUUGGCAUGAAGAUUAAGAAACAAAUAAUUUCAACCACCGAUAAAAUAAUUUCAAAAGAUGAUGAACUAUUCUUUUUUAGUGUAAUUGCAUGAAUAUAUAUGAUUUAUAAUGAUUGUAACUCGUAUAGGAUUAAUUCAUUGUAUUGGUUACUUAAGGACACAUUUAGAAGUGAGAAACAUCAUUUUACAAAUAUAUUUUUAUUAAAUAAAAACUUUUCUAAAAUUGUAAUGUAUCUACUUGUUUUCA